CGCCGACGACGACGGCCUAUCACGCUACGGACGGGUUGGCACUGCCCAGGUCACCCAAACUAGCGAGCAGGCAUGGUGAAGAGCAGCACUGGCACUUCAAGUUGACCACCGCUGAUUUAUGGCUGGAAUGCCUAGUGAUACGUGGGUCGAGUUCCCCAUACCUCUCGGGCAGCCUCUUCACGGCCCUCCUCGACGUAUCUCCAAAUUCUCGAAGCCGCCCUCCCGCUGGCUCCGCUCGACGCGCUCUGAUGCGCAGCUGCCGCCUCCCAGAAGUACGCUUAUCUCCUUCAUGAAGGCACACCCGAUCCUCUGCCGGAGCUAGUGGCUGAGAUAAAGCUGGCAAGAUCGAAUUUUACCGCGCCGGACGAAAUCCAAAAGUAUGUCGCCGACGGAGAGCUUUACCUUCGCGUAGACGUGUACACGACGACAGAUCCGCCCCAACCCUCUCGCAGGUUUUGCGCACACCCGAAUCCGUGACGGGAAAUGAUUCCGCAUCCGUUUCCACUUCGUACCGGAAGCGGAUAGCGCGCCUCGGCGUGGGCUGCGUGGGUGCUAUUCUCGCAAGUUUUGAGACCUGGUCUCGGCCUGGGAUAUGCGGUACAGCGAUAGAUCUAGCGCAUGCUAGCGCUUCUCGUGGCGACCUCCCAUACGCCCACCCGUUUCUGACUCAUACAUUAAUUGCGGCGUACGAUCGGACUGUAUAGAUAGCGAUGUAGAACCAACCACAUAACUUUGCGUUCCGCACCGCCACCUCGGGCUGUGCUUGCCGCUCAUCCUAGGAACCUUAGAAGGUUGCUCCGCCAUCGCUCUCAGUGUACAAUUUCAUCCCUCGCAAUGCAAUUCGUCCUAUCUCUACCUGC